UGAGAGGGUUAAAGAAAGUGAUAUAUUAAUCAAGGAGGGAGACAUCUAUCGUUCGAUACCACAUCUAUAUAUCGAAAUCAGGUUACACGUCGCAGGACACGGGUAUUAGUGCAAGUACAAAGUACCUUAUCACGGAAUCACGAAGGAGAAACGAAAAAUAUAGCAUUAAUCAGUCGCAUAUUCUAAGAUUUCUACGAAGUCUUCGGCAAAGUACUUGGAUAACCUAGUAGAAAUUAAAUUGUGUGCAAUGGAUAGAACGAAUUUCAAAAGCGUCACUCAUUGCAUUUUCGAUAUGGACGGUCUGUUAUUAGAUACAGAAUCGCUAUAUACAAUAGCAUACAAUCGUGUUACUCAAGAAUAUGGGAAAACGUUUACUUGGGAACACAAAGCAAAAGUUAUGGGUUUAAGAGGCACUGAAGGUGUGCAAGCUAUAAUAAAUAUGUUACAACUGCCAAUUACAUUGCAAGCAGUUGAGAAAAAGCUUGCUUCUAUAUACCGAGAAAUAUUUCCUCAAUCUAAAAUUAUGCCAGGUGCAGAAAGACUGCUGUUGCAUCUUAAAAAAAAUAAUGUACCUCUCGCACUAGCUACAAGUUCAAGCAAAGAAAGUAGCGAUUUGAAAACCCAAAAAUGGAACCACAUAUUCAACGUAUUUAAUCAUAAAGUGUAUGGUGGUACUGAUCCAGAGGUUUUCCGUGGGAAACCAAGUCCAGAUAUAUUUUUGAUUGCUGCAAAACGUUUUCCCGAUAAUCCUGAUCCUUCAAAGUGCCUAGUUUUUGAAGAUUCACCAAAUGGAGUGCAGGCUGCUCUAGCUGCUAAAAUGCAAGUGGUGAUGGUGCCGGACCCUCAGCUUCCUAAAGACCUCAUUAAUAAAAAUGCUACAUUGGUCUUAAAAAGUCUGGAAGACUUUAAGCCAGAAGAUUUUGGAUUACCACCAUUUGUAGACUGAAAUUAUUUGUUUUAGUCCACCAAAAGGAAUAUAGAAAUGAAUUAGAUUUCAUUUUGUGUAACUAAAGCCAUAUUAUAGGCAUAUAAUUAUGACAAAAAAGAUAAAAGUCUGCAGGCAGGCUUUCGUGCACAUGUAGAUGUGAAAUCUGAUUAAUGUACCUAGAUUAAUGUUCACUUAAAAAAAAGUGAAAAGUAUUAUGUUCGAAAGAGAUUAUAUUUUCAUACUUGCAGAGGAAUUAUCAUACUGCCUGAAGUUAAA